UUCUCCUGUCCCACUCCCACUGGCCACUAACGAAAAAGCUGAGAGAGCCUCCAAGGUGUUUGAUAAAAAAUCACUGUAAGGAAGUCAAAAUCGAAGAAGUUGGAAAAUGGAGAUCAAAGGAACUCCAUUUGAGCAUGGCUAUUCUAUGCCUGCGGAAUGGGAACCUCACUCCCAUUGCUGGAUGGGUUGGCCUGAGCGUCCAGAUAACUGGAGAGAACAUGCGAAACUCGCUCAGCGUGUGUUUGCUACCGUCGCUGCUGCUAUCUCAAGAUUUGAACCGGUUACCGUUUGUGCUAGUUCCUCCCAGUGGGGAGAAGCAAGGAGUUGUCUACCACAUAAUGUCAGAGUUGUGGAAAUGAGUAUGAAUGAUUCUUGGUUUCGUGAUACUGGUCCAACUUUUGUUGUAAAGAAGAGUGAUUCCAGUUCAGAUAAGCAGCAGAAAGUUGCAGGAAUAGAUUGGACCUUCAACAGUUGGGGCGGUCCUUCUGAUGGCUGUUACGAUGACUGGAGCCUUGACCUUCUUGUUGCUAGAAAGAUUCUGGAGUUGGAAAGACUCCCCAGAUUUCCUCAUUCCCUAAUUCUUGAAGGGGGAAGCAUUCAUGUAGAUGGAGAAGGAAGUUGCCUUACAACAGAAGAGUGUCUCUUGAACAAAAAUCGAAAUCCUCAUUUAACUAAGGAACAGAUUGAGGAUGAGCUAAAAGCAUAUCUUGGAGUCAGGAAAAUUAUCUGGCUGCCUCGUGGAUUAUAUGGAGAUGAUGAUACCAAUGGUCACAUUGAUAACAUGUGUUGCUUUGCAAAGCCUGGUGUUGUUUUGCUGUCCUGGACAGAUGAUGAGUCAGAUCCCCAACAUGAGCGAUCCGCGGAAGCGUUAUCUGUUCUGACCAGUACAAGUGAUGCUCAAGAUAGACAAUUGCAAGUUAUUAAACUUCAUGUACCUGGUCCACUUUACAUGACUGAAGAUGAGGCUGCUGGGAUACUCCAAAGCGGUGAAUCUAAGCCAAGACUUCCUGGUACAAGACUCGCUGCUUCAUACGUUAACUUCUACAUUGCCAAUGGAGCAAUUAUCACCCCACAAUUUGGGGACAAAAAGUGGGAUGAUGAAGCUGUACGUGUCCUAUCCAAGGCAUUCCCGGAACAUGAGGUUGUGCCGAUUGAAGGUGCCAGAGAGAUCGUACUCGGAGGUGGCAACAUACAUUGCAUCACACAACAACAGCCUAGCUGUCUCUGAAAAUGUAGAAACAAACUCUGUGCACUUUGAAAUGCAUUUUGUGGGUACAUAAACAACGAAGAUGCCGUUGAUCUCAAGUUCUCAACUCUCAAGUUCUGAAUUUCUGAUCUUAAACCCAGCGAUCAGGGGAAGGAUUGCGUUACAAGCCAGCCUAAAAAUUCGAUCUGUAGGGAGGCAAAGCAAUGAAAAGUCAGAAGCUACAAACGUAAAUGUUUGUAAGUAGGGGAACCAUUGGAGAGAUAAAUGGCUAUUGUUUCCUCUAUCAAGUCUCUUUAGAGUGGACGACCUGAUUAGUUGUCCUAAAUAAACCAUCACCUAUGAGCAUAGUUGUGAUGGUGUUGACUUAAGUGAGGGCCUAGUUCUCUUGAUAUAGAAAACUGAGCCUCAAUUACAAGACAAAGAGAAGCUCUUGAAACUAGAAAGAGGGAUAACUGAAUAUCAGAAUUAUGUUUGCAAAAAUUGCUUGUCUCACAUUUUUUUUACAAAACUCUUUUCAAAUGAAUAUUGCAUGAUUUUUGUUACAAAUGAUUGGUCUUCUAUUAUAGUAGUAAAAAGCUUCAAAGGAAAU